CUGAUUGCUAUGAUAAAAACAUAUUUUUAUUUUAUAAUGAAUGCGACAUGUGCAGCUAGGCUUAUUUUCUUACCAAAAUCCAAGACUUUAGCUGGCGCUGUCUCUCCAUUCCAAGGCACAUCAUAGAUGUUCCCGACUGCUGACUGAAGCUUCUUUCCAAGGGCCAUUAACUUUAACUCGGCACCACACUUUCCCACUUCUAUUACAUCCCAUUGUGGUGGAUCUUCAAUCCAUUGUAAGAGUAACCAUGUUGUGGUAGACGAUGCCAUUCUCUCGGAUCCACUUGAUUUCCCACUGGGCACUGUAUUAUCACACUUUUCAAAAGAUUCUUUAGAAUAUUUGUAAUGCGCGCUUUUACCUUCCUGAGCUAUUGACACACGUGGUGGUCAAACCAGUUAUAACCGGAUAUAGCCAGCAGCGGUUCUUAGUCCUGAUUGGUGCUUAUUUACAAUAACAGUGUAUAAAGUGUCUAGUAUUGUUAUAGAAAAUACAAAUAUCUAUGAGGGACAUUAUUUUAAUGUUAUAAGCUAUCUUGAUUUGUCAAACUCAAUCAGUAUUCGAGUUAUUUAUUUUCUGCAUUUCCGGUCCUGCAUUCCAAGAUGGCAGCCGCUAUCCCAUGUCCCACGCUACACUGAGGAGUAUCUAAUCAAUAAGUACUGCGAAGAAAUAACCAGUUUGAAGUUCAUAUAGUGAUAAUCAGAAGAGGAAAUGAGCAAAAGGAAAAGUAGUAAGUCAUCAUUGUUCACGGACACAAGUUUUUCGUCUGACUGCAAUGACGGUAUAAGCGAAAGGACUGGCUCAGUGGUAUCAUCGCAAACAUCUCUGACAUCAAACGACAGUGAGUACUCUUUUGGACAGGAUGAUGAACUUCUAGGCUUACCCCAACACGACCGUGUCCGUGAUGUGGAAAAUAAAGUCAAAGAUGGAGAUGAAGUUGUUCCCAAAAAUAAUGAAGUGUUAAGAGGUGAAGAGGGCAAUGGAUCGACAGACGGUGAAAGUCAAAGUGAAGUGUCUCUCUCUUCUACCAGUCAUUCGACCCCUGAGAAUCUUGAAAAUGGUGAACUCGAUCAAUAUGAAAGAUAUAAUGAUGAAGAACUGGCUGAGAGACUUAAUGAUUUGGAUCAGAACCUCUAUGAUGGGUGCCAAAUAACAAGGCGAGAGAGUAUUCUACUCAUAAUGGGACACAUCAUAAGGAAUCAUGUGAGUGGAACAGCUCUGCAGAGCCUACUGACAGUCUUGGAGGCACAUUUACCAGCUGGAACUGUAUUCCCUGCUUCCCAAUAUCUUUUUAUGAAGAACUUUAAAAACAGUGACAUCACUCUAAGAUUUCACUCAUACUGCCCUUCUUGUAUAACCUACAUUGGAAGUAAUGAUAUGUGGUGUGAAAAUUGUGACACAAAUGUGUCUGUAAGUGACUGCAUAGAUAAUGGCAAUUAUUUUAUAACAUUUGAUGUUAAAGAUCAAUUGUUAUCUAUGCUACAGAAUGAAGAUAUUUGUAAACACCUACAAAUUGGGGCAAAAAGGGGACUUUGUGAUUCCUAUGGAGGUCGAUUAUAUCGUAAACUCCCUCUCGAGAAUGAUGACAUUACUGUUUCAUUCAACACAGAUGGCGUUCAAGUAUUUGUUUCAUCAAGGUAUUCAAUAUGGCCAUUGCAGGUAAUGGUUAAUGGUUAA